AUCGCCAUUUUGUUUGAAGAACAGAGAUCUAGUAUACGCAACGUGGACAAACAUUUAACCAGUAUCCAGAAUGGGAAUCCUAGAGAAAAUAAGCGAGAUAGAGAAGGAGAUCGCAAGAACUCAAAAGAAUAAGGCAACAGAGUAUCAUCUGGGAUUACUGAAGGCGAAAUUGGCAAAAUACCGAUCGCAACUAUUAGAACCUUCGAAAUCCGCGGGAGGAGGUAAGGGUGAGGGCUUCGAUGUCAUGAAAUCCGGCGAUGCCAGAGUCGCCUUGAUCGGUUUUCCUUCGGUAGGAAAAUCGACAUUGUUAAACAAGUUAACAUCCACAACCAGCGUUAGUGCUUCUUACGAGUUCACAACUCUGACAUGUAUUCCUGGUGUGAUAGAAUACAAUGGGGCUAACAUUCAACUGCUCGACUUACCUGGAAUUAUAGAGGGUGCCUCUCAGGGUAAGGGAAGGGGGAAACAAGUUAUUGCUGUUGCUCGGACUGCAGACAUGGUCGUGAUGAUGUUAGAUGCUGCUAAGGGGGAGAUCCAGAAGGUUUUACUGGAAAAGGAAUUGGAGGACUGUGGCAUUCGGCUUAACUGUUCCAAGCCAAAUCUUUACUUCAAACAAAAGAAAGGAGGUGGUAUUUCUUUUAACUCCACAUGUUCUCUCACCCAUCUGGAUGAGAAGCUUGUAAUGAUGAUUCUCCAUGAAUACAAGAUCUUCAAUGCAGAAGUGCUUAUACGAGAAGAUUGCACAGCAGAUCAGCUGAUUGAUGUCAUUUGCGCUAACCGAAUCUACCUGCCAUGUGUUUAUGUUUACAACAAGAUUGACUGUAUUUCUAUAGAAGAAGUUGAUCGGUUGGCACGCCUUCCACAUUCUGUUGUUGUUAGCUGUGAGAUGGAGCUAAACUUGGAUUACCUAUUGACCCAGGUUUGGGAACAUCUUGCACUGCUCAGAAUCUACACUAAGAAGAGAGGUGAUCCACCUGACUUUAAUGGAGGACUGAUCCUUCGGCGUGGAGCUACUGUGGAACAUGUGUGCCAUGCUGUUCACAGAACACUAGUAGAUACGUUUAAAUAUGCUUUAGUAUGGGGUACUAGCACCAAAUAUAGCCCACAGCGUGUAGGAAUCAAUCAUACUAUGAAUGAUGAAGAUAUCAUUCAGAUUAUGAAAAAGUGAAUGUAAUUUCACACUGGCAAUUCAAUUACCUCACUAAUUUUUCAGUCACACUCAGAAGGAGAGGUGUUUGGUUUUUCUGUGUUUGUUCAAAUUACAUAUGUCCAAAAGGAUGAAGAGAUUUUCUCAUUUUCCUUUGUUGUCCUGGUUUUAGCAAGGAAGCAGAAUCCUCACUUAAAUUCAGUGGACUUCUCACAUUGCUCUGUAACAAAUAAAAAAGCAGAUGAAGAGGAUGGAUGAUUUAAAACCUUUUAAAUGAAUGUACGCUAUAUUUUUUGUGGAUAUUUGUCUACCUGAGUUAACUGAUGGUAUCAAGAGUAGUCAUUCCUUUUGCCUUGAUCUCUCACCAAGUAGGGAAGUUCAUAUAGAGCACUCAUAGAACACUCUUCUACCGAAAACAAUCAAAACUAAAUUACUCUCAGCAAUCAAUCAGAACAAAAGAGAAACUUCUUAUGAAAAAUAGCAAAGUUAUUGUAAAUGUUAUUGAGAAUUCAAAGUAGAUACAAGUAGAUGGUUGUAAGCAAUUGAAAUGCAGGUGACCAAAUAAUUUUUUUUUUUUUACAUUCUAUUGGCUGAGAUGGUGAUGCAGAUUUUUUUCAUCAAGCUCAGUGUGGAAACAGAAAAGCCAAUGCAGUCCUGACUAACCUAUGUCAAUUCACUAAAAUCUCACUAAGGGAAGGCAAGAAAAUCUUGUUUUCUCUCAGAUAAUCACCACCCAAGUUUUUCAUUUUCUAUUUCCUACUUUUGCAUGUGGGUGGAGACCUAUGCAGUUAGGUACAUUUAAAAAAUAAAUAUGGCC